AUGAGCCCGCCGGUGGAGCCUCGGCCGCCGCCGGAGAGGACGAGGGCGGAGCCGGUCAUGCCCAAGCCGAGGAGGGGGCGGGCGGCGGGCAGCAUGGAGGAGAGGCACCCGCGGAGGCCCGUGGUCAGAAGCGUGCUCUACAUGAGGGCUUUUGAAGGUGGGGCCAGGACCGGAGGAGGCUCUGUGGAAAUUGAGGAGGAGGCCACCGGUGGUGACCCAGCCUACGUCGGAGGGGGCGAGGUUGGGGUCGGUCAAGCCCAAGCCGAGGAGGGGGUGGGCGGCGGGCAGCAUGGAAGAGAGGCUCCCGCGGAGGCCCGCGGCCAGAAGCGUGCUCUACCUGAGGUCUUUUGAAGGUGUGUUUUUGUUUGUUUUGUAGCUUCUACAGGCUGCUGGCCUCGCUCCGCGCUCCCGGAUAAGCAGUCGGAAACGCAGUCUACCCCCGGACUUUUGAAGGUGUGUAUUUUUUCAAUAUGCAAUUGCACAAAUAUCAAUCGUAAUACCCCACCGCCCCCAAUAUUUCCCGCCGCAGAUAUGGCCAGGCCGGGCUUUCUUCACCCGUUCGUGCGGAGGAAGAGGGUUGUUUUGCGUCCCCCUUCCCCGCGAGAACAAGGACGAGAGUGGCACGAGACCUUGGUGUCAACUGCGCCUGAACGCCAGCAUCAUAUACUGCAGCGGGGAAGCACGAGCGGCUGGCUAUUUUUUUAUGGGGCUUACGGCCGGCCUGCGUGUGGGGGGUUGAACGGAUUUGGUGUACACGGGCGCGAAACACAUUGUUAUUCUUAGUAUUCAGCUUGACACGUUAAUUAGGGCAUGUUUCGUUUUUUUUCAGGGGGUGUAUAUACACGG